CUGAUCUCUUUGAAUUAAAAAAAAAAUGGCUGAUAACUCUUCCUCCCAAAAAAUGAGCUUCCAAGCUGGUGAAGCCAAGGGCCAAGCUCAGGAAAAGGCAAGCAACUUGAUGGACAGGGCUGGCAACGCUGCUCAAUCUGCAAAGGAGUCCACGCAAGAGGCUGGUCAGCAAAUGAAAGCUAAAGCACAAGGAGCUGCAGAUGCUAUCAAGGAUAAAACUGGCAUGAACAAGAAUUAA